AUGAAAUUGCCAUGGUUGGUAGGAGGGGAUUUCAAUGUGAUAUUACAUGAAGAUGAGAAAAUUGGAGGACUACCGGUACACCCGCCUGAAUAUGAGGAUUUUGCAUUUUUGUGUAAAUUCUUGUGGUUUGUUCGAGCAAGGAUACAAAGGAAGUCCAUUUACAUGGUGGAAUGGGAGGCUGCGUGUAUAUUCAAAAGAUUGGAUAGGAUAUUUGUGAAUUUUCCAUUUCAGAACAUGUUGCCAUCUAUUGAGGUUGAACAUCUAAUCAGAACUGGAUCAGAUCAUGCACCAUUGUUAAUGACAUGUGGGGAGCAGACCCCCAAUUUUGUCAAGCCUUUCAGGUUCUUGAACUUUUGGACUAAACUAACUACAUUUAUGGAUGUGGUGAGGAAUAAUUGGGAAGCUUAUUUCAUAGGGGAUCCGUUUUUGAUGUUCAAGAAGAAGCUCAAGAGGGUGAAGGCAGCACUGUCAAAAUGGAGUAGGGAAAUAUUUGGUGAUAUCUUCAAGCAACUGGCUAUUUUGGAGGACAUUGUUAGGGUAAAAGAGAUGUUGUUUGAAGAAGAGCCUUCGAUUAAAAACAGGAUUGUGCUUCAAAUGGCACAAUCUGAAUUGAAAAAAUACUUGAGUAUUGAGGAGCAGUAUUGGAAGCAAAAAGCUGGGAUGACUUGGUUUGCUGAAGGAGAUAGGAAUACAAGUUUCUUUCACAAUCAUAUCAAUGGCAAAAGAAAGAAAUUACAACUGAAGAGGAUCAAAAGUGGAAGUGGGGUAUGGAUUGAAGACCAGGAGCAAUUGGCUACAGCUGCAGUGGACUUUUAUCAAGAACAGUUCACAAAUGAAGGUGAUGCAUCUGACUUUUCCUUGCUCAAUAAUGUACCUUCAAUGGAUGUUAUUGGGGCUGAUAUACACAACAUGGUGCUACACUUCGAUGGAGGAGCUGCACUUCCUAAAUCCAUCACUCAUACCAAUCUAGUCUUGCUGCCUAAGAAACCUAGAGUUGAGACCUUUUCUGACUUAAGACCUAUUAGCUUGAGCAACUUCAUUAACAAGGGUAGGAAUAUAUUUGUGAACAUCUUAUUGACUCAAGAAAUUGUCACUGACAUAAGGUUAAGGGGAAAGCCAGCUAAUGUGGUGAUAAAGCUUGAUAUGGCUAAAGCUUAUGAUAGGGUUUCAUGGAAGUACUUAUUGCAUGUACUAAGGAAGAUGGGAUUUUCUGAGCACUUCAUCAACAUGUCAUCAAGGUUCUUUAAGUCUAUAAAGGGUGUGAAGCAAGGGGAUCCUCUAUCACCAGCAUUGUUCAUUCUGUCAGCUGAGGUACUUUCCAGAUCUUUGAAUAAGCUAUUUGAAGACAGGUCAUUUGUGGGAUUUGGAAUGCCUAAGUGGUCUGAUCCUUUAAACCACUUGGCAUAUGCUGAUGAUACUAUAAUCUUUGCUUCUCCUCAUCCUCCAUCCUUGAGCAAGAUUAUGGUGGUGUUGGGGAACAAUGAGAAAAUAUCAGGCCAGAUGAUCAACAAAGAUAAGAGUUCAUACUACAUGCAUUCCAGGAUUUCUAAUGGAUUGUGUCAGGCAGUUGGAGCUAUUACAGGAUUUGCUAAAGGUAAAUUCCCCUUCACAUAUCUAUGGUGUCCUGUUUUCUACACUAGAAGGAGGAAGGAAUAUUACGAAGAUAUUAUCAAGAAAGAAGAAGGGAGAAGCAGACAUUGGGCCUCAUGGCAAAAUCUUUGCCUUCCUAAAGAGGAAGGAGGCCUAGGUUUUAGGUCCUUACAUGAUGUGUCGAGGGCAUUGUUUGCUAAACCAUGGUGGAGGUUUAGGACCACAAAAUCUUUGUGGGUUAAUUUCAUGUGGAAUAAGUAUUGCAAGAAGGAGAUACCAACGGUGGUGCAGUUUAGAAGGGGGUCUAAUGUUUGGAGAAAAAUGCUGAAUGCUAGGGAAGAAGUAGAACAUGAGAUCCUAUGGGAAUUGAAGAGUGGAAAAACUAAUAUUUGGCAUGAAAAUUGGACUAGAUUGGGUGCACUUUAUCAUGUAUUACCUGAGGACUUUCCAAUCAAUGAAGAUCUUCAGGACGUGGCAGAAUUACGGCAAGGUGAAACAUGGGAUGAUCAGUUGCUAGAUCAAACCUUCAAUGAGGAAAUUGCAGAACAUAUAAGGCUAAAUGUACAUUAUGAAGGCAGUGAGGGAUACUGGGAUAGGCCAUACUGGAUGCCAACUCCUUCAGGCAAGUUCAGUGUUAGCAGUGCUUGGCAAAUAUUAAGGCAUAGAGCUGAUCCUAAUCAGGAAUUCAAGUUAAUGUGGAUUAAAGGCUUACCAUUUAAGAUAUCCUUCUUCUUGUGGAGAUUGUGGAGGAAGAAAAUAGCUACUGAUGACAUAUGGAGGAGGCAAGGGCAAAUGGUGAUGUCUAGGUGUUGGUGUUGUCAGCAGCCCCAAGAGGAAUCUAUUGAGCAUAUAUUUAUCACAAGUCCUACUACCUCUAAAGUAUGGAACUUGUUCAUGGAGGCUGCUGGAAUUACUGUGCCACUGAUUCAAUUGAAGCAGGUUAUAAGGCAUUGGUGGUAUGCUCAAUGUUGUCCAAAGCUAAAGCCAUUGUUUCAAGCAGUACCGACUAUCAUCACUUGGGAACUUUGGAAGAGAAGAAAUGCAGGUAAACAUGGGGGUUCAGUGUCGACAAAUAGGGUGAUUCAUGAGAUCAAUAGGACAUUGCAUCAACUGGCGAGGGCAGUAGACCUGGGAGUGACAACUAAUGUGGUGGCUGAAGCUAAGGCUAUUCUUCAAGGAUUGGAAUACUGUGUGGAGCAUGAUCUUCACCCUCUCAUAUUGGAGACUGAUUCAUUAGUGAUGAAGAAAGUGAUAGAAGGGGAAUGGAAUCCUCCUUGGGUAAUUGCAAAUGAUGUGAAGAAAAUUAGAGAGAUGAAGGACAACUUCAAUGUGAUCUUUCAACAUGUGUUCGGAGAAGGUACAUCUGAGUUUCACUCAUUCUCUAAACUGCCUAGUGCAGGGAGGAGGUUGAUUAAUUUAGACAAGUCUCAAACUCCUAACCUUAAGGUACUUUUCAGUGGUAUUAGCAUGGUCACAUGCUCAUUCUGGGGGUGCUUUGAUAGUGUACAAGACCAAUGGGAUAAGCAGUGGUAUUAG